AAGUAAAUUUGCCGAAGCCAUUGUGUCGUGCAUAUUGUUCGGUUAAACGUAUAAAAUAAGUUUUUUUCAAUCCAUAAUAUUUGAUUUGAUUAAGAGUUUUUGAUUAUCAAUAUUAAACAAACGUGAAAAAUAAAAAAAAUGUCUGAUAUAAAAACUGAAAAUGGCGAUUACGAUGAUGAGCCUGUUACGGAACCUGAACAGUUGCGUAAAUUAUUUAUUGGCGGCUUAGAUUAUCGAACCACGGACGAAGGCUUAAAGGCUCAUUUCGAAAAAUGGGGUAAUAUUGUUGAUGUCGUAGUAAUGAAAGAUCCCAAAACAAAGCGCUCACGCGGCUUUGGUUUCAUUACUUAUUCGCAGUCUUACAUGAUUGACAAUGCCCAGAAUGCCCGGCCUCAUAAAAUAGACGGUCGUACAGUUGAACCGAAGCGUGCUGUACCUCGUCAAGAUAUUGACAAUCCCAAUGCGGGAGCAACUGUUAAAAAGUUGUUCGUAGGCGGUCUACGUGACGACCACGACGAGGAAUGUUUGCGCGAAUAUUUCAAAAAGUAUGGUCACAUAGUGGGCAUUAAUAUUGUAUCAGACAAAGAAACCGGUAAAAAGCGCGGUUUCGCUUUUGUUGAAUUUGAUGAUUACGAUCCCGUUGAUAAAAUUAUUUUGCAAAAAAUUCAUAAUAUUAAGAAUAAAACAUUAGAUGUGAAAAAAGCUAUUGCAAAACAGGAUAUGGAUCGUCAAGGAGGUGGUCGUGGUAAUCAAGGGGGUCGUGGAGGUCGCGGUAACGAUCGUGGGAACCAAGGGGGCUGGGGUAAUAGUCGGCAAAAUGGCGGCAAUUGGGGUAAUAAUAACUUCGGUAACAGCGGUAAUUUUGGAAAUCAGGGUGGUGGUCCAGGUGGUUGGAACAAUCAAGCUGGUGGCCCCUGGAACAGCCAAGGAACUAACGAUAAUGGCUGGAAUAAUGGUGGCGGCUUUGGCGGCCCACCGAUGAAUGGUGGUAAUAACAAUUGGGGCGGUGGUAAUACUGGCGGAGGUACUGGAGGUGGUCCAAGCAGUUUCGGUAACGAUUACCAGCAAAGUUAUGGCGGUGGCCCACAACGUAACAGCAAUUUCGGUAACAACAGAGCAGCUCCAUAUGGCUUCAAUAAAGGUGGCGGCAAUCAAGGUAGUGGUAAUAAUCCAAACAGUGGUGGUUUCGGUGGCAAUAACUACAAUAGCACUGGUGGACCAAGCGGUGGCGGCAACAUGGGAGGAGGCAAUAGGAGAUAUUAAGCAUGGUAAAAUAGAGCAAAAAUAUCAAUAAACAAGCAUACAAGAGAAACAGAGAGGGAGUGAGAGAGAGAGAAAGAGGCAGGCAGGAUAAACAAAGGCAAAGCAAAGAAGAAAUCAAAAUCUGAACACAGGCAGGCAGGAAAACAGGCAGGAAUAAAUAAAAUCAGGCAAAUAAAUAAAUCCAGAUAAAAAGAAAACAUAACAGAAAAACAGUAAGCAAUACAACCAGCAAGAAAGAAAGAAAAUAAAGCGAAAAAGGAAAUUAACUUUUCUCUCCGAAAACAAGCGUAACGAAAACUUCACAGAAAUUAUAAGCCUGGUGGUAGUAGUGUACUAUUGAAGUAAGAAAAAAAGAAAAAGAAAACAAACAACUGAAGCCAACACUUUAAUCUGCAUUCUAGGCUCUUAAGCUUUUUUUAAUUGAAAAAUGAAAAAAAAAAA